UAUGAGGGUUAUCCAAGACUCAGAAGACGAAGAUGAUCUUGAACUGAUCGAGGCUGGCGAAGACGCGCCGGUCGAGGAUCGAAAUGGACAGGAGCGCGGCACGGGUUCCACGGAAUCUCUCAAACGAAAAAUAGAGGAUGCCCACCGCACCCAGUUUCGAUCUCUUACAGAUGCAACUGCCAGCCACCAGGACGCGCCGCAUUCUAACACGCUAGACAAGCGAAGAAAGACGUCAUUAGAUCCAUCCCCAGUAAGCUCGCUUUUGCUGGAAUCAGCGAAGCAAUAUGUUUCACCAAGUAAUCAGAUAUUGGGAAACACCUGUAAUCUAUCGGAAAUUGAGAGGAGAGUGGCUCCAACUAUAGCUCUGCCCGCAGUUCUUUCACCAGAGAAACUUUGGAAUCUCGACGGGACCAUACACGAGGAGUGGCAAUAUCAUGAACCAGGCAUGUUCGUUGAGCCUUCAAGUACAGUACCGAAUGCAACAGCCACACAGCAGCGGAUCUUACAAGAAAAUCUUGCCCCGGCAUUUCCAGGCCUCGACCCAACCGUAGACGGACAGUAUCAGCCACCCCCAAAGUCAUCUGUACCUUGGUCAGAAUUUAUGAGGUCGUCAUCCUCCAGAGAACCACAAGACGAGUCUGGGAACACGAGCCAGAACGACCAGCGCUCUACACAGCACAGGAAAUACCCAGAAACGAAUCCUCCCAUGUCUCCUAUCCAGGAACUAAGAAAUAGCGAGCAACCAGAAGACAUCAUAAUGUCGUCCAAACAGGAGCAAAAGGAAAUUGCCAUCCGACAGUCUCCUCGUCAGCAGCGUACAUCUCAAGCAGAGCCUACCUCGAGCACCAAAAGCAGGCCCCUGUCCGGUUCGACUAAAGAUCCUCCUGAGGAAUCAGCGUUCGACAACUCAGCCUCCAUCGAACUCUCGACAGAGCAAUAUGUUCCGCGACCUUCACGCUCAAGGUCCUCAAAGCUUUCUCUUGAUGCGCCAAUAGAUUAUUCCGUAAGACCCGAAAAGAUGGCGAGACGUACCAGAACUUCAGGCGCGACAGAGAGUGGCUCGGGUGCCACAACCCCAGAAAAGGUACGACAAAUCACAGAGAUGGGCUUCACACCAAAAACUACGCAAAGAGCUCUCAAGCGACACCACGGCGACAUGGCAUCAAGCGUGGAGUGGCUGAUUGCUUCCGGAGAAGCAGAUGAAGACGAGCUGGCUCCUCCAAGAUCAUCAAGGUCGAAAAAAGCCAAAAGGAAUGAAGCAGAGCAGGCACGCUUUGAAGUGGAACGCCAAGAGGCUUCUGCUGUUACCCAAGAAGAGACCAACGCGGAUUCCAAAAUUCGCGGCAAGCCACUUUCAGCAGGCAUUGAUCCAGAUGACUCACCCGCCUCGCGUACGAAGACUCCAAGAGUGCAGGUUGUCAUACCUCCCAAGCCCCGAGAGCUUGAGGCUGAACUGGAAAGCACUGUCAAUCCCACAAAUCACAAUGAUGUGGAAACCCCGAAACAAAACCGAAGGAAAAUAGCUACCGAGCCACAAGAAGCUUCUAAUGGAGUUGUGGCUACGCCUGCAAAAGAGAAAAAGAAACGAGGCAGGCCACGAAAAGAUGCAAAAAGGAAUCCCGUCGAAGAGAAGCAGAUAGAUGAGCCAGCAUCUGAUUCGGGGCCAAAAAGCAAGGCGCUUCAGCAAGCCGAGCCAAACGUGCAGAAUGUUUCCGGGGAGCUUGAGACCUCGGAAAAGCAAUCAAGCCCAGUUCUGACAAAACAGACCACGGCUACGGUGGAGAGAGCCGCACCAUCCGAGAAAGCAUCACCCAGGGUUAUUGAUAACGGAGAGCCACCCAAAGACUCCUCGGAGCAGCCGUCGGACAAGGCGGUUGCAGUCCCGCGAAAGCCUUUGGGGGUGGUGGAAAGCGCCCAAUCGCCACAGACGAACGGCAAGAGAACCUAUCGAGUGGGUCUGAGCAAACGUGCACGGAUCGCGCCUCUGCUUCGGGUAGUGAAGAAAUGACGGAGUAUGGUUCGGGAAAGUCAAGAAGCAAACGUCUUCCACGGACACGGAGAGUAGUAGGUAUGCAGGAACUGAGCUUAGCGUAGAGGAGUCGUCCUUUCAUGUAACGAAAUCAAUUGAUACCCCACAGCGACCCCAUAAAUUUCAACACAUCUACUUUGGGUCAUGCGGAUUUUCAACGCGGCGCAGAUCGGUUGAUCGCUCGACCCACCACGCUGAACGAGCACGAAGAUUCUAAGGUGAAAUCCAGCAAUUACUUCAACUACGAAGAGAAAAGCGGAAUCCUGUGUGAUCCAUCAUUC